UAUAGCAAACGACGUCGUAGCAAUAGGAAGAGGGAUACAAUACCAAGGGUUUAGGAUGGUGGGGUUUUAGAGCGGUGGCGCACGGCGGUCCUCUCUCCAACCACCAGUCAAACCGUCAUCAACCACCAAUGGAGACGCAGGCGUUAAGGAUUCGUGUGGCGUUCGACGAUUGUUCGGUUCUUAACCUAGCUCAACGAUCCGACGGCAUGAACAACAGCUGGAUGCUAAUCGAACCGAAUCAACAUCCCAAAAUCUCCGACGUAUGCAGCCGUGUUAUCCACCAGUUCAACCUUCUCAGUUCGUGCCCUAACGGCGUCGUUCUUUAUAUGGAAGGCUUUGUGUUACCACCAUCUGAGUCGAUUCGAAUCUUGAAGGAUAAUGAUAUCAUUUGUGUGAAAAGGAAAGGGGUGGCGUUGGCUGAAGCGGUAGAGGGGGCAGAUGCAUGUAAAUUGCUCAAUGAUGAUGUCAGAAAAAAGGAACCGGUGGAUAACGGCAUGCUACUUCUAGCCAAUGAAGAGUUUGAUAAAGAAACCGGAGGGUACCGAAGUGAAUACGAGGUGGAAAAGUCCGAAGAUGAACCUUCGCCAAAGGAAACAUCUUCUAAGAAAAGAAAAGCCUCAACAAAACUUCGAAGGUCAAAGAAGAAGAAACACCGAUUGGCUGAAACGGAUGGUGUUGAAGAUAAAGUUCCAGCAGAGGAUAACGGCGUUAAUGAUGAUGGGGGCCUUUCCAAGAAAAUCAUUAACAAAAAGAUCAAACCAAACAAGAAGAAGAGUAAACCAAAUGACGAGAUAAAAAAGGAAAAUGCUGAAACAAGUGACAAAAAUAUUGAAGAUGAUGUUGAAGGAGUCGAACACGUGUCUUCUGCACGUGAUGGGACUAAAAAGGGCCCUAGUAGAAGUGCUAGAAGGAAAAAGGCUAAAAGACAAUGGAGGCGGGAAGCUGCUAAACGUGAACUGAAUCCCGAUACCCAUGUGGAGCCAGAAAUAUCCAAAACCGAAAACAAAGAGGCUACUGGCGGACCCUUAAAACAAGAUCAGGUGCCUGUAGAAGUUAAGCAUGAGGAGAUUAUAGAACAAGGAAUAAACGAUAAUGAUAAUGGAGUAACGAAACUCGUUCCGAGUGUAGUCAGGCCAGGACAUAUUCGCUUUGAACCUCUUGAUGAAGAUGAAGAUGCAAAGCAGAUCGAAGUACCAGAUGUACCUUUUCAGUGGAACGGUAUUACCAGCAAGAAAAAGGGUCAAAAAUGGGGUUUAGAAACGUCUUCAUCUUCUAAAAUGGAUUACUCUCAAAAAGCAACCGAAGAACCCUCUGCAAUGGUAAUGGAAGACGCACAAGUACCUUUAGUUGACUCCAUUUCCUUUGAACAGCUUCCUCUAUGCAGCUCACCUAAGGCAGAUGAUGUCAUCGCAUACCGUGUUGUUGAGUUAUCGUCUUCUUGGACCCCUGAGCUCUCUUCUUUUAGGGUUGGGAAAAUAUCAUUUUAUGAUGGCGAUAACAUUGUUUUGAUGCCGGUUCCUGAAUAUCCCAUUGUAUUAGACAAAAUGGAAAUGGAUGAAGGCGGUCCAGACAACAACUCUCUUUAUAAAGAAGAUGGUAGUUUGGAGAUAAAUUUCGCGGCUCUUGCUGAUGUACGCAGUCUCAAGCAAAGUAAUUCAGAUGCUGUGAAAGCGGUCAGUAACGGAGUUAAUCAAACUGCUCAUGGUGAUAAAAAGAAUGCUGCAUCAAAUUUGACGUGUAAAAGUAACGAGAGGAAAGAAAUUAUCUCCAAAGAUCCUAGUCCAGCUCAACCAUUGGCAGGAAACAAAGAAGGUAACACGUGGGCUGAAAUCCAGGAGCUUUUAAGUGCGAAGAAAUCAGAACUGUUGGAAUCUAAUGAAGAGAUGAAAAAAGAUUCCGGGUGGAAUAAAUGGUCGUACAGAGCCUUAAGAGGCAGCGCACUUGGUCCAACAAUAUCCUUAUUACGAUCAGAAAACGACAGUUGAAAGAAUUGCACUCUGUUUUAUAUCUAUGUAGUGGUUUACAACUGGUUUAAUCUGUAUAUCGGUGAUAUUUGAGAUGGUUUAAUCAAACCCUUUGCGUGGGCUUCUUACUGUUCGUAACAGUUUACCGGUUAUAAACAUGUAAUUCGAACUGGUAAAAGUAGUAAACAUAUGGCAUGGUUUUUGGUUCA